AUGCUGACAGCGUCCUCUCCUGUCCAGCAUGUCGAUGACGUUUUCCUUUGGAAUCAAAACAGUAGCGGUUCCUUCUCCGUGGCUUCCGUGUCUGCUAUAAUUGCGGAGAAUAAGGAGAUAGCCUGGCCCGUGGAAACAAUGGAUAUGCUUAAAGUCUUAUGGAAUUUGUCGGUCCCUCUCAAAUUCAAGGUUUUCGCUUGGAGACUUCUCAUAUCAAGACUCCCGGUAAAGGAUUCGCUCUUGAGAAGAGGUGUCACCUUCGACGCUACGAAUGCUUGCUGUGAGUUUUGUCGGUUGCAACCGGAAAACUUGAACCAUCUAUUUUUCGAUUGCCCCGUCUCAAAGCUGUUGUGGGGCAGAAUUUUCACAUGGAUGGGAGUUGAUCUCUCAUUCUCUCUUGAUGAGUUCAUGGUGUUUGGCAAGUUUCAUGACAAGGUGAAAAUGGCAAAUUCAAGACUGAAAAUCAACACCAUUUGGAUAGCUACAUCUUGGAGCAUUUGGUUUAUGAGAAACGCGAUGAUUUUCGAUAAGGUGUCGUAUAGUUUCGACGUGGUGUAUUCUAAUAUCUUGUAUUUAUCUUGGAAUUGGCUAGCUAGUAGCAAUCCUUUGUCCUUCUGUAGCUUCUAUGACUGGUUUAAAUCCCCUUUGGAUUGUUUCAAUUCUCUGUAA